AUGGUCUAGAACCGCCACUGACUGUCCGGGAAGGUCGCUUUCAGCAAAACCGCCUGUUGUGUCUGUGGGAUUCUGUCCAGUGGUGAGCUACAAACAGACACGCUUUCCUGGCUCUGCUGUUUUCUGUCUAUCCCGGACGUCUGCAGUAUAUUCGUGUGUUUGCGAGCCUGCUAUGUAUUCUAUUAUAACGGAAUACGCUCGAAUCUUCUCCGUGUGUAGAAAGAGGCGACGGACCGUCUGAACUCAACUAGCCGCUAAAGUCUCGUCUCGGCGGGGGUCGCGUUUUGUGUUGCACGGAGGACCCUGGUUCUGAGAACCCCCACGAAAUGGAGCAGUUAGAAAAGGGAAUCAAGUCAGAGGAAGAGUGUGAAUCUCCCGAGGACGAAGUGGUUGACCCCCGGAUCCAGGGGGAGUUGGACAAGUUGAACCAGUCUACAGAAGAUAUCAACCGCUGGGAGACAGAGCUGGAGGCAGAGCAGGCAACAGAUGGCACACAGACAGCAGAGUUGUGGACAGAUAUGCAGGGACAGACUGGCAGAGACAGGGAGUCUCAGGACUGUCGCCAGAGGUUCCGUGCGGUGCUGGUGGAAGCCACAGUGAAGCUGGAUGAGCAGGAGAAGAGGAUCGGCACAGCUGUAGAAGACUCCAAACCUUACUGGGAGGCCAGGAGAGUGGCCAGACAGGCCCAGCUGGAGGCCCAGAGGGCGACAGGGGAGUUCCAGCGGGCGGUGGAGAUCCUGGGGGCGGCUAAAGAGACCAUCUCCCUGGCAGAGGAGAGACUCCUGGAGGAGGACAGCAGACAGUUUGACUCAGCCUGGCAGGAGAUGCUCAACCACGCCACCAACAGGGUGAUGGAGGCGGAGACGACGAAGACUCGUAGCGAAUUAGAGCACAGAAAGACGGCGAACCAAUACAACGCCUGCAUCAGUCAUAUGAGACAGCUGGAGAAGAAACUCAAACGCACCAUCAACAAGUCCAGGCCAUAUUUUGAACUGAAGGCGAAAUACUACCUAAAACUGGAGCAACUAAAACGUUGCGUAGACGAGCAUCAGGCAAAAGUGACCGUUGCCAAGGCAGACUACCGCACAGCGCUUCGUAACCUAGAGACCAUCUCCGAGGAGAUCCACGCCCGGCGAUGCUCCACCAUGGGAACCAGAGAGAGAGGCGUGGGGGCUGAUGGGGAAGGAGGCCAUGAUGACAUUACCAACUUCAAGAUGGAGUCAGACGGACUGUCCAUGGUGUCUGUGACGUUUGAUGAAGAAGGAGGAUCAGAGGAAGAGACAGAAUCACACUCCACUUCCGCUCCCCUCGACAUGACCUCCUCCUCCCCUCAUCCCUCCUCCUCCUUCUUCACCCCCUCUGCCUACCUCUCCUCUGCCCCCUCUCUCCUCUCCUCGUCCUGUCCCAGUACCAUGGAGGGACCCAGUCCUGGCGGCUGGCUAAGCCCAGAGUCGAGGUGUGGUUCUGGGCAUGACUGUCCUCACCUCGGCCCCCGUUCCCAGUGCAGUGGGUCCUCCUCCCCAGACCCAGACUGCGACCAAGAGAGAGGGGACAGAGCAGAGGGGGCAGAGCAGAAGUUGGAGCCGGGUCUGAGUAAGAUGACCCUGACCAUAACGCACCCACUGCAUCCUGGGAAGGACGACCCCAAAGAUGACCCUAAGACGACCUCUAGCCCCGCACCCCACAACCCAUAGCCCCGUUCCCAUCAUCCUCCUGACCAACAACGAAUAACGGACAGAAGGCUUCACCUCUCACAUUGUACCAUUGACUCAUGACCUUUAAACCUGAACUCUGAACUCUGAACUAUGAGGCUUUCUAUGGACUUACGUGUUUUUGUUCACUCCAGAGGCAAAUCUGAAAUCAGCCCCUAUUCCAUACAUAGGAAAUAAUGAAUAGUGGAAAUCAGUGGAGGCUGGUGGGCAGAGCUAUAGGAGGACGGGCUCAUUGUAAUGGCUGGAAUGGAAUAAAUGGAACAGAGUCAAACAUGUGGUUUUCAUAUGUUUGAUACCGUUCCAUUCCAUUCCAGCCAAUACAAUGAGCCCGUCCUCCUAUAGCUCUGCCCACCAGCCUCCACUGGUGGAAAUAGGGCGCCAUUUUGGAUCUUGUCCAGAACUGAUCGGGAGGAAUCUGGAAGGGGAAGUCAACAUGAUGGAAACCUGGGGAUUGUGGGGGAGACAUCGCUAUGGCUGCAUCCUGAUUCUCCACACACAAGGGUGCACUUGCACACAUCUUGUCAUGGACUUAAAAACAAUGGAUUGUGUAAACUGGAGGGUGUUUCCACUAUUGCUAAUUGUUGGAAUAACCCUGGAGAGAGAUGUGACUGUUGACUUGUGGUCUCAGCGGGGAUGUGAGGCAGAGGUUAAUGUGCUCUCAGCAGGGAUGUGAGGCAGAGGUUAAUGUGCUCUCAGUGGGGAUGUGAGACAGAGGUUAAUGUGGUCUCAGUGGGGAUGUGAGACAGAGGUUAAUGUGGUCUCAGUGGGGAUGUGAGACAGAGGUUAAUGUGGUCUCAGUGGGGAUGUGAGACAGAGGUUAAUGUGGUCUCAGUGGGGAUGUGAGACAGAGGUUAAUGUGGUCUCAGUGGGGAUGUGAGGCAGAGGUUAAUGUGGUCUCAGCGGGGAUGUGAGACAGAGGUUAAUGUUAUCUCAGUGGGGAUGUGAGACAGAGGUUAAUGUGGUCUCAGUGGGGAUGUGAGACAGAGGUUAAUGUGGUCUCAGUGGGGAUGUGAGACAGAGGUUAAUGUGGUCUCAGUGGGGAUGUGAGACAGAGGUUAAUGUGGUCUCAGUGGGGAUGUGAGGCAGAGGUUAAUGUGGUCUCAGUGGGGAUGUGAGACAGAGGUUAAUGUGGUCUCAGUGGGGAUGUGAGACAGAGGUUAAUGUGGUCUCAGUGGGGAUGUGAGGCAGAGGUUAAUGUGGUCUCAGUGGGGAUGUGAGACAGAGGUUAAUGUGGUCUCAGUGGGGAUGUGAGACAGAGGUUAAUGUGGUCUCAGCGGGGAUGUGAGACAGAGGUUAAUGUUAUCUCAGUGGGGAUGUGAGACAGAGGUUAAUGUGGUCUCAGCAGGGAUGUGAGACAGAGGUUAAUGUGGUCUCAGCAGGGAUGUGAGGCAGAGGUUAAUGUGGUCUCAGCAGGGAUGUGAGGCAGAGGUUAAUGUGGUCUCAGUGGGGAUGUGAGGCAGAGGUUAAUGUGGUCUCAGCAGGGAUGUGAGGCAGAGGUUAAUGUGGUCUCAGCAGGGAUGUGAGGCAGAGGUUAAUGUGGUCUCAGCGGGAUGUGAGGCAGAGGUUAAUGUGGUCUCAGCAGGGAUGUGAGACAGAGGUUAAUGUGGUCUCAGCAGGGAUGUGAGACAGAGGUUAAUGUGGUCUCAGCAGGGAUGUGAGACAGAGGUUAAUGUUAUCUCAGUGGGGAUGUGAGGCAGAGGUUAAUGUGGUCUCAGCAGGGAUUCCCCAGAGGGGACAACAGAAGGACAGACACACUGUGACAUCACUGAACCCUGGACCAAUGAGCAACCCCUGAUCCCACAGCAUGUGUGGUUCCUCAAUUAAAAGUUUCAAGUUUAUGCCGCAACCGUUUGUGGUAGAUGGUGGCAGAUUGUGGUAAAUUGCAUCAUUCUGUCAUUGCACCACACUAGCACAAGGGGGAGUUAGAGCUGAUUUUGGUUUCUCUCCCUCUAAAAACAGAUAGAAACAAUUCGAAAUAACAAACUGGCUUUAUUUACCACAGUGUGAAAGACGGAUAGCCCCUCUAUAUAGGGUUUCUGAAUCACGGAGUCCUUCUUUGCUGAUGUGAAGAAGAAACUGAAUGAACGAGAGUCCAGUGAGGAUAGGGAGGUGAAAAGGUUUCCCAAGUCCUGAGCUAUUUUUAUUAACCCUUAUUUUACCAGGUAAGUUGACUGAGAACACAUUCUCAUUUACAGCAAAGACCUGGGGAAUAGUUACAGGGGAGAGGAGGGGGGGGGGAUCAAUGAGCCAAUUUUAAGGAAUGUUUUCUUGAUAAGUGUGUGAAUUGGACCAUUUUCCUGUCAAAAUGUAACGAGUACUUUUGGGUGUCAGGUAGUAAAAAGUACAUUAUUUUCUUUAGGAAUGUAGUGAAGUAAAAGUAAAAGUUGGUAGUACAGAUACCCAAUAAAACGACUUAGAACUUUGAA